UCCAUUUGAUCACUAUCCACAACUACGCGUCAUAUUCCAACCGUGCCACAUACAGUCUGCGUGACAUGAUGAUUAUGCCCGUAAGCACCACAGAACUUCCCGUAGUGUAUAUGUACGUUUUUAUAGCCUAAUUUAGUAUUUUUCUCUUAUGCUUACUCUCACGGUGCACAGUCAAACCUUGGUCCGAAAUGCAUCCAACAACCCAACCCUAACCCACAGCAACCAACAACCCUUUCUCCUCCGUUGGAUUGGUUGAACCUCCGAACUGUUGAACCAAUAUCCGGAAUGGUUCGAUGACCGCUCAGUUUUCAGAAUCUUGGUUUCCAUGGCCGCGUGGCUACCAUGAUUGUUAUUGAGAGAAACUUCCACUCAAGACUCUGCAUCCACUCCCCGCUUUGUUGUGAAGUUGCUUCAUCAUUCUCUCACAUUGUUCGACUGCAUUGCAUGCACAAAAUUCGAUGUUAUAUGGGUGCUCUUGAUGCAUGUCUGGGUAAUAAGAAAAACGUUAGUAGCAAUUCUUUAGUAUCGGUUAUUGUAGGAUCUAAUUCCUAUAGCCAUGCUCCUAAUAACAACUUUAGAAGUUUGAGCAUAGUUGGUGCCAUGUCAAAAUACGAAUCUGUCGAAACUCAUUCUUUCCUUCAAGCACCGAGUCUUCAACACCGGUUUAAAAACUGGCAAACACUUAGAAAACACAAACUGACAGCUAGCACUUUCGCUGCUGCUAUUGGAUUUUGGCGUAGGCAAAGGUGCCAGUUGUGGCUAGAGAAGAUCGGUGCUAUUGAACCAUUCUCAGGAAACAUCGCUACCUGUUGGAACAAUAUCAAAGAGGAGGAAGCACUUGAAAGAUACAAGCUGAUAAGUGGUAAUACUGUAUUGUUUCCUGAACUUCAGGUGUAUGGUGCUAACACUGAAAAUGACUGGCUAGCUGCUUCACCAGAUGGUGUACUUGACAGAAAGGUAUUUGAGUUGUCUUCUCAUGGGGUUCUAGAGAUAAAGUGUCCUUAUCUCAAUGGAGACAUGAGUAAAGCUUUCCCUUGGUCUCGAAUUCCAAUUCGCUAUAUUCCUCAAGCUCAGGGAUUAAUGGAGAUUCUCGGGAGGAAUUGGAUGGAUUUUUAUGUAUGGACUCCUAAUGGCAGUAGUUUGUUCAGGUUACAUCAUGAUGCUGAGUACUGGAAUGUGAUGGAACUGGCACUAUCUGAUUUCUGGUGGAAACAUGUCCAUCCAGCAAGGGAGUUGUAUAGUAGGAAAGUUAUAACAGACCCUCUUUUUGAAUUAAGAUCAUUUAGACCAGCUCGGAGGCAUGAGUUAUGUAGUCAUAUCAUUUCUGAAAGCAUACGGAUUGCUAAUAGUUCGAAGUUAUUAAUGCGGGAAAUACGUGGAAUAUUGCAACCAGAUGACUCCCACGGUUAGAGGAAGGACAUUAGUGUAGUAAUAACAUUUUUUUUACAGGGAUCCCAAUUUUUUUUGGUGAUCUGUUUAUAUCAGUAUAGUUUAUGAAGAUAUUGAUGUUGCUGACAGAGGAUAAUAUUGUAAAUUUGAUAUGGUUAUAGAGACAUCUAUGAGAAUAUAUGAAAUAAAGAAGUGAUUGUUAAAUAUGAUUGGUUGAAGCCGGAGAAUAGAGAAGGGGAUAGAAACAAACUUGCCAGGUUAUGGAACCUUAUAAAGUUGGGACAUUUGAUAUGGAGAAAGUGGAGAGUUCAACAGCUGGUACAUCUGUCAAUACACCACAUCAUUUCUUUAUUUGAGAAAACAAAAUGACCUAAUAUGUGAAGUGAGUAGAAUGUUCAUAGUAUGAAAUGUGAAUUUACAUGCUAUAAAGUCUAGUCUAAGGAUUCAAGACUACAUUCCUUUUAUCUUCCUCUCUGGUUUCUCCUGAGAUUAAAAUCACUUCUCAUUUGCAGAGUGACCUGGUUCUCUAGGCUUCAUCAAGGUAAUUUGUUAGGCUUAAUGAACUUGAACUGAAGCAUUAGCUGUAAUUAUCAUUUGAUUGAUUGUUAACCUGUUUCUUCUGAUCUCAAUUGCUUGGGAUAUUAUCUAUGAAAGUUUUAAAGGUAUAGACUCAAUAUAAAGUUAUCUCUCACAUGCAAAAUAUAGACAUGUAAAGUUAUUUUUUUCCUCUCUUGUAACCAUACCGCUUCAAUUAUGCUGAAUAUGGUCCUUAGGUCACAUCUUAUUACACUAAAGUCACUUGCGAAGAUAUGAUAAUAAGAUUUUGGUUGACAACAAAUAUAUUGUUUCUGUUAGUGCUAUCUCAUUCAAGGAUAAAUGGUACUUUCUGAAAAUGUGAAGUCAUAAAUUUUAAGUCUUUAGUACCUCUAAUUUAAUAUAUUUUCUCAUAUUAAAGCUAUUGCAAAAUAGAAUUGAUCAAAGUGUCUGUGAGAACUCGGCAUCUUCAUAUAGCACUGCUCAUUGGUAUCUCCUUGGCUGCAAUGGACGGUGCAUCUUUCAGGUCUCUUUAGGUAUUGUUGUCACCAAGUAUGUCGAUAUCUAGAUUUUCUAUAUGCUUGAUAUUGUUUAUCAAUGUGUUGAGUUUGUCUUCAUCUCUAUCUUAAUCUCAUCUUGUCAUUUAUAAUUAGUGCUAGUAUGUGUGGCGCUUUGAAUCUGAAGCGUUUACUGCUUAGAUGGUCCCCAUAAGUCAAAGAUGAUGUGUUGGACAUGAAAAUUUGCUCCACGGUGUAUGUUGGUUGCUUAUCUUAGAUUUCAUUACCAUAUCCUUAUCAUGGUUAUAAGCCUUUUAUUAUCACCUUAAUGUUCAAAUAUAGCUGUAUUAUGUUAUCAGUAUUCUGGUGAUUCCCAAUUCGUACUGGAUUCUAAUGCAUGGUGUUUGUUUGGGAUGGAGUCACUUCUUUUCCCUUUGAAUGGUGGAACUUGGAAGGUUUGUGGUUAACUCCACACAUAUCUGUUACAAGUUUUUCUUUUUGUUAGAAUGGUUUGUCUUCCCUAUUAAAGUGGAUUGUUUUACUCAUUUUUUUAUGACCUACAUAAGUUGGUGUAUGUAAAGUAUAAUGUUGGAAUAUGAGUACACAAGCAAUGGCUGGAAAGGAACAGAAAAUCUCGUCCUUGUUGGAUCUGUGACUAUGUUAAGCUCAACACUCUAGCUCUUUUACUCUAAUUUUUCCUCCUUCAAUGAGCAUCAAGAUUAGUUGAUUACCUCAAUCUUCCCAUUAGAGGGAAAUAAAACGAGACAUUGUGUGUGUGUGUGUGUGUCUUUUCUCUUUUUUUUUUUUUUUUUUUAUUUGGUCGGGAGAGUUUGAUUAUACCAUAUUGAGCAAA